CUCCCACCAAACAUAGUCUAAAAUUAUACACUAAUAUAUAUAAUUAUUUUUUAUUUUUAAAAUGCCACGAUUAUACCCUCUGAAUAAAUAUAGGCAGUCCAGCUCUCAGUCUCAGCCUCGGUAUAGAAACUAACGCCAUGGUUUCACUACGAUUCCCAUUUUCGUUUUCUCAGUCCUCAACCUCAACCCUUCCUUCCCCUAACUCACCACCCUUUCGUGCCUCCACUCUCGCUGUCACCGUCGCUGCCACGGCCGCCGUCGCCACCAUUGCUGCCACCGCAGCCGCCUCAGCUUCCACCAAAGACACUGGCGCUACUCCAAACCCAAAACACCCUUUUCUCCAAGAAGCGCUAAAUUUUUUCUUCGCUAAUCGUUCGUUACCUCUUUGGGGCUCACUCUCUCUAGCCAACUCUGCGGAUCCAGUCGUUCAUUCUCGGACUGGGGUAUCGUUCCCUUCCAUCCUAGCUGAUUCUCGGAAACUUUUGGGAAUUGGGUUAAGGCGAAAGAGCGUUUUGGGGUUAAAGAACAUCGAUGUUUACGCAUUUGGUGUUUAUGCUGAUAAUAAUGAGGUGAAGAAAAUGUUGGGGGAGAAGUACAAGAAAUUGUCUAGUUCUGAAAUCAAGGAAAGCAAAGAGUUUACUGAUGAUCUCAUAGAGAAUGAUAUAAGCAUGACUGUUAGGCUUCAAAUAAUGUACAGCAAAUUGAGCAUUCGAUCUGUACGAAAUGCUUUUGAGGAAUCAGUGGGAAGCAGACUGCAAAAGUUUGGGGGACCUGAUAAUAAAGAACUUCUUCAAAGGUUCACUUCUCAGUUCAAAGAUGAAUAUAAGAUACCACGAGGAUCUGUGAUCGAACUGGCAAGGGAACGGGGCUAUGUACUUCGAACGACAAUUGAUGGGAAAGAGGUGGGAAGUAUCCAGAGCAAACUCCUGUGUAAGUCGAUUCUGGAUCUUUAUAUUGGUGAAGAUCCAUUUGAUAAACAAGCCAAAGAAGAUGUCAAGCACAAUGUAGCCUCACUCCUUCAGGAAUAGGGGAAAGUUACUAUAAAUUGAUUGAAAUUUUAAUGAAAUUUGUAGAUUACAGAAUAAGGUUUCAAGAAUUCUUUUUAGAAGUUUUGGAAGAAGAAAUUUAUUUUCUUUAUUGA